AUGCACGUGCACAGAGAGAAUCAAAGGGAAGAGUUUGCCAUUGGGUUUGGGCGGUCCAACGGCGGGAACGCUCCCGAACACGACAGGCACGAGUUCAACAGCUCCUUCAGCGGAAAUCCUCAUCACGCCGAAUUCCCGCCACUUUGGGGAAACAAAAGGAGAAGCCGACUGAACUUUUUCUGGUGUUCAGUUUGCGUUAAGUCGCUCCAUGGCUCCCGUUGGCUGCGCGCUCCUUGUGCGUCACCGUGUGUCAUCCAGCUUGCGUGUGUGUCGGGCCUCCCUCCACUGUACAGACAGCUGUGGACCGUGAAGCGUUGGAGUGUGGGUCUGACAACGGAUUACCUGGAUACGGUCGUGGAGUCUGGUUUGGCAUUCUUUGGUUAUUUUUGCGCAAAAGUGGAAUCGUUUCCCAGAACAUCAGCCAUGAAACGGUUUUUGCACAUUUUGCAUUUUCUGAUAAUUCUGGAGUCCCACUGGGAGAAAGUCGUGUCUGAGGAUUUUACUGAAGCCGUGCGUCAGCGGAGUAGCGACGCGCCGCAGCCUGCGGACCGGCGCGUCUUUACGCACAAAAGCGCAAACCGGGACAUGGUGUCCGUCAGCAUGUUCAAAGUGUACGAGAAGUUCAGCAAACAGCCGCAAAGCCAGAGGGACGUGAACACCGUCAGAAGCUUUAAAGCUGUCCACAAAGUGUCACAGGGAAAAGACUUGUUCCAGUUCAAUCUGUCCUCCAUCCAACAAUCAGAGCUCAUCGUCUUCGCUUCUUUUCACUUUCUCUACCAGCGGCCCCGUCACCACCAGCAACCGUGGCGUUUCCGAAGACCUCGCCACCCUUCCAGCAGCCUCCAGCCUCCCCAAUCGCCUCCGGCACAUCUUAUCUUCCAUGGAACAUCCACAAAUCCAGGUUUCACAACACCGCUGGGAAACGUAACUCUGACUCCUUUAAAACGAGGAUCUUGGCAAACAAAGGGCGUCACAGCAGUACUGAAACAUGCCCGGGACCUCAGCGAGCUUGUGGUCACAGUGGAAUUUGAUGUGGGAUUCAGUGCAGAUUGGAUGCAACAAAAGAAUCCUCAAGUGCAAGAGCGGCUCUCAUCAGCCAACCUGCCGUAUAUCCUGGUAUAUGCUGAUGACCGAGCCAUAGAUGAACCCAACAGCGUGGGGGUUUCUCUCCAGCGCUAUGGGCCCUUCCCUCUAGGAGACGACAUAACCUCCUCAGCUUCAAGGAUAAGAAGGGAGCUUCCUCACCAAAUCCACACCAACGACAUUCCACAGGUCCAUUUCAACACCCUAAAGAACCACGAACUGUGGCAGAGCACGUAUUUCCCAGCAAAAGCCAAAGCGGUGGCUAAGCCGAGGCAAAAACAAGGCCAAGAAGGGAAUGAAGGGCUGAACAGGCCCCAAGUGCUGAGCUUUGAUGAAAGGACAAUGAAGAAGGCCAGGAGGAGACAGUGGAGCGAGCCCAGGGUCUGCUCCAGGCGUUACCUCAGGGUGGACUUUGCUGAUAUUGGCUGGAGCGAGUGGGUUUUGGCACCAAAAGCAUUUGAUGCCUACUACUGCGCUGGUACCUGUGGGUUCCCCAUUCCAAAAAUGGUACAUCCGUCCAAUCACGCCACCAUCCAGAGCAUCGUCAGAGCCGUAGGAAUCGUUCCGGGUGUUCCUGAACCGUGCUGUGUUCCGGAAAAGAUGAGUCCGCUCAGUGUGCUUUUCCUCGAUCCAAACAGGAACAUGGUGCUCAAAGUUUACCCGGGGAUGUCUGUGGAUACAUGUGCCUGUCGGUAGGGCCGGGGAGGACUAGCCACACCUGGGAUCUACAGAGAUGAGACACAGAGAGGAUGGAUUAAGUGUGGACAAAACGUAGAGAGAGAUUUUUUUCAAAUUGAAGAAGAAUGGUAUGAGUAUUGCCGCUCAGCGAGGACACCCAAUAACACCUACGGGGUGUUGAGCGCUCUUCUCUGAUUUAUUGGACUGGUCAUUAACUCUGACAUAAUGGACCUACUGCCAAGUCUUUAUCUGUUAUUUCCACAACUCCUCCAAAAAUAACCAUCUAUUUUUGUGAUAAAUUGGCAUGAAUACUGUCCACAAAAGUGAAACUUUUCUUUCAACAAAAAAUUCUUUAAUUUCAUUGUUAGUUUUUCAGAUUUCUACAAUCUUUUUACAUUUUUAUUUGUUUUGUUUGUUUUUUUUUAAAUGAUGCACCCCCCAAAAAAAUCCAAAAACAAAAAACCUCAUUGGAUGAGUUCAGUUCAAUUUUAUUCAUGAUUUCCAUUCAAUAAAUAUUUGUAGCCCCAUCUGAAUUAAAUUCAAUCAUAUUGCAUAGAUGUACUUUGUUCAAGUUGGGGCCACAAUUUCAGUUUCAAUUUUCAAUUUCAGUUUUUUCUAUUUCAAUUUUUCAAUUUAUUUUCAUUUAUAUAGCGCCAAAUCAUAACAGAGUUGCGUCAAGAUGCUUCACACAAGUAAGGUCCAACCUUACUAACCCUCAGAGCAACAGUGGUAAGGAAAAUCUCCCUCUGAGGAAGAAACCUCAAGCAGACACACUUAUUUAAUGGAUGGAAAUCAUGAACAAAACUGAAGUAGCUUUCAUCAAAUGUGUAUUGGUGCCUCAACCCCGAAUACAAUAAAAUCUACAAGCAAAACUACCUCAGAAAUAAUUGGAAAUAAUUACUUGUACAUUUGUGAUAUAAUCCUGCCUAUUUAAAGGAUGUUAUUUUUAAAUCAUUUGGUUAAAAACUGCACAUAGUACAUCAAUGCGACAUCAAGGAACCACUCCAUUAACCUCGACGGCCAAACUAUUAGAAGAGUUUCCAGCCCCGCUGAAGGAACUUGAAGAUUUGAUGCAACAUUCCUAUUUAAUCAUAUUGAGCAUUUUUACUUGUUUGAGAAUUAGAUGGACCCCAAACUGUUCUGGUUAUUACUGGAUUCGGACGUGAAUUUGUCCCAGACUAUGUAUUAAAAUCUCUCUUUACUAAAGCCUUUGCUGGAAUAUAUAAAAUAAUUGUUUAGGCCUUUUAUGGUGGUUUUUGUGUUUGCGUAGAUGAUCUGGUUUUCAGAUUGUAAUUUGGACAAUCUAAUAAAUGGACUCAGAUUCAGGAUGGUUUGGGGCACUGAUCCUGAUUUGCAUCAAAUUAAUAUACUUUUAGAGAUAAUUAACCCUUUACAUGCAAAUACUGUGGGCACUAAUGGAAACUAAAUGGUAUUUUUAUGUAUUAGAAGUGUUAUUUUUGCAUGACAGGCAAAAAAAAAAAAGGUUCAUCUUUAUUUCACUAUCCAUGUUUAUAUCUUGUAUAUAACGAGUACAUUUGGACUAAUAUUCAGAAACGUUUUGUUUCUGCAACAGGAAACCCUGUGUGGUGCUGCCACCUGCUGUGCAUGAUGGGAAAGUUGAUAGGCUUUCACAAUACUAAGUUCUCUUCAGUCCUGUGCCUGUUGAUUACUUUCCCGUCAUCCAUAAAUACUGUAUAGCUGUUACUGACAUGUACAGUUUGUUGUAUUAUAUACAAUAAUUAGAGUAUAUUUCCAUAGUAACUAAAAGAGGAUGUACUGUAUAUAUCCAUCUUUCUACCGAUAAGACUGAACAGUUAUAUAAUGUAUGCUUGCUGUGGAAAAUAAAUCAAAUUGUAAAUAUAACAAAUGGG